UGUGGCCAUAGAAGUCAGUGCAAAACAGACUGAGAAGCAAGCAUAUAAAAGGGUGGACUUGAUAUGUCGGGGUGAGCUAGGUUGAGCAGACUGUUGCCACAAUGCUGCACAGCUUUCUGCUUUUUUAUGUGCUCGGACAACAGGCACUUGGGAGUGAAAUCAUAAAUGGGAAUGAAGCCCCUGAGAACACACUGCUGUACAUGGCAUCCCUGCAGGUAAAUGGCAGUCAUAAUUGUGGAGGAUUCCUCAUCAGGAAAGACUUUGUAAUGACUGCUGCGCACUGUGAUGGGGAUAGGGUUGUUCUUGGCACCCACAAUCUCCACAAGUCUGGUAAAACAGUGAGACACAUUGUAAAGAGGUACAGAUACCCAGGUUAUGACGGUGUAGGAAAUGGGAAGGACAUCAUGCUCCUCAAACUGUCUAGAAAAGUACAACUGGGCAACUGUAUGCGACUUGCUAAACUUCCCAGGUCUGCAAUAAACAUAAAGGACAAUGAGCAGUGCCGUGUAGCUGGAUGGGGUUACACUAGAACUGGUGGUUGGACUGAAGAUAACCUGAGAGUGGUUGAUGUGUCCAUCAUUAACCCACAAGUCUGUAAGAAGGAAUGGGAUGGUCUUCCUGCCAAUGUCAUCUGUGCAGGUGGAUAUGGCACAAACAAAGGAUUCUGUCAGGGUGAUUCUGGUGGGCCUCUGGUGUGCAAUGGGAUAGCUGUUGGUGUUGUGUCUUUCAACAAGUACAGGAACUGCAACUACCCAGAUGUACCCAACGUCUAUACAGACAUAUCAAAAUACCUUACCUGGAUCAAGCAGACACUGAAUAAGAAUUGAAAAUGUAAAAUUCUUGCACAAAGCUUUGCUUCAGCAUACCGGAACUGUUUUAGAAAAGUGAUGUUGCUCUGUCACUAACAAAUGUUGCAAAUAAAAAAUAAAUUCCUUUAUCAGAAGACAUGAAUGCUGUUUAAAUUUAUGCAAAAAAUACAAUGGUCCCUUUCCAGCAGAAUAUCCACAACAUUUCUUAGGGUAAAUUUCAUACAGUAUGUAGUGGAGCACUAGAAAAUAGCACAAUUUAUGUUAAAUUUUCAUAAAUGUAGCUUUAGUUCAGAGCAGUGGAUUAGUGAGAACUCCCUCAGGUUAGGAGGUAAAGCAGGGUGUUGAAAACACUGAUAAAAAAGAAAUACAUAUGAAUUAUUCUAACCAACAGCAUCAUCAAAUCCCUAAAAUGUUAUCAGUACAAAUCUUCUUGUUUUGCCUCAGCAUGCAGUGUGUAUUGUGUAUUGUAGUGUUUCAGACUAUUCUGUCUGUGACUGGAGCUGAAAAUAAAAAAUGCAUUUCAAA